AAAUGUGAUGUUUUUUUACAUAUUUGCCUGACAGUGUCAUUGCUUUUUAACUCCAGAGACGUUAAGAAAAGAUUUGGAUAUUUUUGUUCUGCACCAUGCCAGUUCUCUGUAGCUCGAAGUGUGGUAAAAAUGCUAUAUUGAAGCGCCCCAAAACAGGAGAUGCUCUAUGUAAGGACUGCUUCUUCUGGGCAUUUGAAACUGAGGUCCACAGCACCAUAAUCAGCGGAAAUCUUUUCAAGAGAGGCGACACUGUUGCUGUAGCUGCAUCUGGCGGCAAAGACUCAACAGUGCUAGCAUAUGUCUUGAAAGUGCUCAACGAGAGGCAUGACUAUGGGUUGAAUUUAGUUCUACUCUCAAUUGAUGAAGGCAUUACAGGUUACAGAGACGAUAGUUUGGAAACUGUCAAACAGAAUAGAGAUGACUACCAAAUGCCCCUGAAGAUUCUCUCUUAUGAGGAAUUGUUUGGAUGGACCAUGGAUGCCAUAGUUGCUCAGAUUGGGAGGAAAAAUAACUGCACUUUUUGUGGUGUAUUCAGAAGACAGGCACUGGAUAAGGGUGCAACACAGCUUGGAGUGAAUUGUGUUGCAACAGGGCACAAUGCUGAUGAUUUAGCUGAAACUGUUUUGAUGAAUAUUCUCCGAGGUGAUAUUGCUCGCCUGCAGCGAUGCACAUCCAUAAUUACAGAAAGUGAGACCGAAGGCACAAUACCUCGAGUAAAGCCAUUGAAGUACACUUAUGAAAAAGAAAUAGUGAUGUAUGCCUAUUUUAAGAGACUUGUCUACUUCAGCACAGAGUGUGUAUUUGCUCCAAACGCAUACAGAGGUCAUGCAAGAGCAUUUCUCAAGGAUCUAGAGAAGAUUCGUCCUUCUGUGAUAAUGGACAUUAUCCACUCAGGUGAAAGUCUGCAAGUGAAGGACAAUGUUAAAUUACCAGUUCGUACUCAAUGCUCAAGGUGUGGAUCUGUAUCAUCUCAAGAGCUCUGCAAAGCCUGUGUUCUUUUAGAAGGACUUAAUCGCGGUUUACCUAAACUUGGAAUUGGGAAGUCAAGCUUGGCCAAUCGUGCACGGGAUCAACAAGAUGCUGAGAAAAAAGAAAAAGUUAUCUGUGAUUUUUAGUUUUAACAUGCUGAAGAUGAUUUUUUUAUUGGCAAUUGAAGGUGUAACUUUAUCUACAUACAACUGACACAUUUUACAAACAAAAAACAAACUGGAUUAUAAAAAGAUAAGUCAAAUAAAUCCUAAAUCCGC